AUGCAUUCUCCUGAGACCCACGCUCCUACCGCCGCCACCGCCGCCACCGCCGCCACCGCCACCACCGCCGCCACCGCCACCACCGCUAGAGAGGUACCAGGCAGAAAUCUACCUCCCAAAAAGUCCAAGUCUAGACAUCUCCAUGAAAACCAGAGCACAGACAAGAAGGAUGAGGAGGUCCAAACCCCGAGUCCCAGCCCAGGCAGGUACGUGUGCGAUUACUGCGGCAGGGCGUGCGCGAAGCCCAGUGUCCUGAAGAAGCACAUCCGCUCGCACACGGGGGAGCGCCCGUACCCCUGCGCCCCCUGCGGCUUCUCCUUCAAGACCAAAAGCAAUCUGUACAAACACCGCAAGUCACACGCUCACCUGGCGAAGGCGGGGGCCGUGGCGGGGACCGGCUCGGAGCACGGCUCGUUCGAAGGAGACUUCUCAGAUGGAGACCAGACCUCGGACUCUGAGGACGAGGCGCCGAGUGACCCUCUGCUGCUGCUGGACGCCACGGGCUCUGCCCACACGGCCGUCAAAGUCCUUAGCCUCAUCUCGCACAAGAGGGGAACGACGAUGGCUCCUUUGGCCGUGCAGGAGCAGCAGGAGCAGCAGGAGCAUCUCCCCUCCAGCGCCGUCAAGCAGAGGUUAGCGCUGCGGCUGUCGGAGAAGCGCAGCAGCGACUCUGAGCACAACCUGUCACUCCCGAGUCAGUCCAGCAAAGGCAGCACGGACUCCGGAUACUUCUCUCGCUCGGAGAGCUCGGAGCACCAGCCGGGCCCGCCCAACGCUAACGCUAAGUCAUAUCAAGAAAUCAUGUUUGGGAAGUGCUACAGGCCGAGUCCCAAGCAGGGGUUUGGGAGCGAGGGCUCGGAGAGAAGCGUGUCGCGGGUUUAUACGCAGGAGAAGGACGGAGCGGAGUCCAUUAGGAUCAACACCUUCAUGGGAGAAGAAGAGCUACAGCCGGACGCAGACCUGGGGCUGUUGCUGAUGAGGAGCAACUCCAUGCCCACGUCGUGCACCACCGCGGCGCAGACGGCGCCCGCGCUGAGAGGCAGCCACUCCUUUGACGAGCGCACGAGCUCAGGAGGCGCCCGGAGGCUACGCAGGCAAGCGGCCUUCGAACUGUCCCACGACACACAUGCAGACGAAGCUCACGGGAAACUCAGCGAAGUGACGGAGAUGGAGAACUACCCAUCCACACCGCCGCACACCAGCUACCACCGACAGGCGCUGGAGCUCGCCACGCGCAAACGCCGCAAGGAGAAGGAGGAAGAGUCGCAGGGUCGGUACGAGAGCAAGGGCCAAGGAUCUGUGUGUGAGAUGGACGUAACUGUCAGUGCAGAAAUAUCAACGAGAAAGACUCUUGGCAACGUCAUCUCCGUGAUACAACACACCAACUCCCUGAGCCGCGGCCACAUGGAACUGACCUAUCACAGCAGCCCGUACUAUCUCGCUCUGGAGGCCAGCGACGGCCACGAGAUGGAGAGAGGUGACGGCAAACUGCGACAGUCUAUACAGAUGGGGCCCAAGCUCGUCCGCCAACCCAACAUCCAGGUCCCAGAGAUCCGGGUGACCGUGGAACCAGACAGUCCAGAGAAGGCUCCGGAAACCCCCGCCAAAGAACCAGAGAAGCAGGUGGUGGAGGAGUUCCAGUGGCCUCAGCGCAGCGAGACAUUAGCUCAGUUCCCUCCAGAGAAACUGCCCCCAAAGAAGAAGAGGCUCCGCCUGGCGGAGAUGGAGCACUCGUCCGGAGAGUCCAGCUUCGAGUCGGCAUGCACCUCUCUGUCCCGCAGCCCGAGCCAGGACAGCAACCUGUCUUACAGCUCCACCUACAGCUCCUCGUUCUCCUGCGAGCGCGAGGACGGCGGCCGGGCGCAGGACGACUGUGGGAAGGAGCUGCUGUCCGUGCCGAACAGCGGCACUCUGUCGUUACUGCAUCAGCGACAACAGAACGAGAUGCGGCGCUCAGCGUCGGAGCAGGCGCCGUGUCACCAGCGCAGAGAGCUGCCCGAGGUCCGCAGCGUGUCCUUCGACUGCGGCAAUCUGGACCCGAGUCCGCGACUGAGACUCGACUACGAGAAGCGGAGCUUCGUGAGGCAGGAGCCUGUGAACACAGAGUCCACCGUGGCGCACCUUCUGACGCGCAGUUUCCCCAUAUUCUCCACGGGUGUUUUCCCGCAGCUGCCGCACCCCAGUCUGCUGGUCCCAGUGCGCAUCCAGACCAACGUGCCGGCGCUCAGCAGCCUGACCUACACCACAGUGUCGCAGGUGUUCGACCAUCACAGCGAGGCCCUCGGCCUCUUUUCCCCAAACACUCAGGAUCCUCAGCGGAGCACGGAGCAGACGCUGGAGGCUCUGGACUUGUCCUCGGCAAAACUGAAGACAGGAAUCCCUCUGUCGCUGACGUCGCGCACCAUCUCCACCACCAACGCCUCCAGCGGUGCCAACAAGCGCAUGCUGUCCCCGGCCAGCAGCCUGGACCUGGUCCUGGAGGUGAAGCAGCAGAAGCGCGUGAAGGAGGAGCGCAUGUUUGGACAGAUUGCAGAUGAACUGAGCGCCGUGGAGCUCGGCAACAGCAGCGAGGAGCCCAUGGACGUGAGCGCUGCGCACGCAGGAAGAGAGGCGUGCGGGGGAGACGAGGGAGAAGGGGACGACAAGAGAGAAGUGGACGACGAGAGAGAAGGGGGAGACGAAGGAGAUGAGGGAGACAAAGGAGACAAAGAAGACGAGGGAGAACAGGCACGUGCGGGAGACAAGGUGCCGGUCGCGCGGCGGUUCCCCAGUCUGCGCACCACGACGGCCGUGAGCUGGUGCUUCCUGAACUUCACCAAACCAAGCAGCUGCGAAGGGCGCCCCCUGCAGUCUGUGUACGGCGUGUGGUGCGUGAGCGCGCAGAACCCCAACCCGCUGGAGCUCAGCACCGGCGUUGCACUUGCGCUGCUGCGCUCCAGACAUCGCAGCGGCGAGGUUCUCUACACCGCCGCCCAGAUGAGUGAGACCGGAGCGGGGAAGGUGGUGUCGUCUCUGCUGGUGUGGAGAGCACAGGAGCAGAAACCCGAGCCUGGUGACUCACAGGUCGACGGGAAGAAGCCCAAGGACGUGAGACCCAAGACGGGGACCGCACCCAGCCCAGGCCAGACCCCAGGCCAGACCCCAGGCCAGACCCCAGGCCAGACCCCUCCCAGGGUGAAGAUCUUUGAGGGAGGGUACAAGUCUAACGAGGAGUACGUGUACGUUCGCGGUCGCGGUCGAGGGAAGUACAUCUGUGAAGAGUGUGGGAUUCGCUGCAAGAAGCCGUCUAUGCUGAAGAAACACAUCCGGACUCACACGGACCUCAGACCAUACGUGUGUCGGGCCUGUACCUUUGCUUUCAAGACCAAAGGGAAUCUGACCAAACAUAUGAAAUCUAAAGCUCACAUGAAGAAGUGUCUGGAGCUCGGGCUUUCCCUGUCUGUGGAGGACCAGGAACCAGUGGACGAUGGUCCUCCUGAGGCCAAAGUGUCGGUCAAGCACCAGUUUUCAGACGUGGACGACUCUGACGGAGCUGAGGAGGAGGAGCUGGAUGAGGAGGAGGAGGAGGAUGAAGAGCAGGAGGUGCUGAGGUCACGAUCCACCAGCCCCCAGUGCUCUGUCCUGAGCUCUGCCUCUGUCUGCACUCAGCCACCAGGGGGGGCUCUGAGUGGGCCCUAUGCUCCUCCUGCUGACGAGGACUCACUGACCCUGAACGAGCUGAUCAAGUUCGCGGACGACACCACCCUCAUUGGACUCAUCUCCAACAACGAUGAGUCCGCCUCCAGGAGGGAGGUGGACCGGCUGGUGUCCUGGUGCAGUGGUAACAACCUGGAGCUGAACGCCCAGAAGACAGUGGAGAUGAUUGUGGACCUCAGGAAGAGCACUGUCCCCCCGCCCCCACCCUCCGUGAUGGACUCCCCCAUCACCUCUGUGGAGUCCUUCCGUUUCCUGGGCACCACCAUCACCCAGGACCUCAAGUGGGAGCCGACCAUCAGCUCCCUCAUCAAGAAGGCCCAGCAGAGGAUGUACUUCCUGCGGCAGCUCAGGAAAGCCAAGCUGCCUGCACCGAUGUUGGUGCAGUUCUACACGGCCAUCAUCGAGUCCAUCCUCACCUCCUCCAUCACCUCCUCCAUCACCUCCUCCAUCACCUCCUCCAUCACCUCCUCCAGCACCUCCUCCAGCACCUCCUCCAUCACCUCCUCCAUCACCUCCUCCAUCACCUCCUCCAUCACCUCCUCCAGCACCUCCUCCAUCACCUCCUCCAUCACCUCCUCCAUCUCCUCCUCCAGCACCUCCUCCAUCACCUCCUCCAUCACCUCCUCCAUCACCUCCUCUAUCACCUCUCUCAGAGAGCCCUCCCCCUCGCGGCUCCGCUGUCCCUCCCCCCUCAGAGACGUGUCCCCUCUGUCCCCUAGAGGGCGCUCUCUCAGCUUCAGUCCUGUGCAGCACCUGUCCCCUGGUCUCCUGGAGCGCCUGGAGCGUCCCCUGUCCCCACAGGCUGAGACCCAGGGGAAGAGAGGCCGGCAGAGGGUGGUCCUACGAGCCGUGUCCCCCAGAAGAGGGUCUUACAGGGGGGACAAGAGACACCUGCCCGGCCUGGGACACAGCCACCAGGACCUGAAGUUCUCGUCUCAGUCUCAGAACGUUUUGAGUCACCUCCCUCUUCACUCUCAGCACCAGGAGCGCAGUCUGCUGCCAGCACGACCUGUGGGAGGAGCCAGUGUUCGGGACCCGCCCCCUGACCCCCCCUAUGGCCCCCCCUCUGAGGAGAGCGUCCGGACCUGUGCAGAAGCCAUCCAAUCACUGAGCAUCACAGAGCAACAGUGA